GCGGCGGCGGCGGCGGCGGCGGCGGCAGCAGGGACCCGGGGCCAGGAGGCGAGGCGCCCUUCUGGGAGCUUCACCGAAGCCGCGAGGCGAGGGCGCAGUCGCUCACCGGCUCAUGCCCGGCCCCCAAGCCCCGCGGAGGAGGUGGGAUUGUCCUCGGCGGGACAGGGUAGGCGUCUCCUCCACCAGACUGCAAGCUCCGGGAAGACAAAGUGGGCAUCCUUCUCCCCGUCCCUGCUUCCUGGCUUUCUCACCAUCGCAUCCCCAGUAUCUGUACGGUGCCUGGCUGUCGCUGAUGCUCGGUAACCCUGUGUUGAAUGGAUAAACAAUUGAGCCAACUCUAUGAGGUAACUACUGGGCUAUCCCUGAUUUGCAAACAAAGAAACAGAGGCUCUAAGAGGCUGAGCAGCCAGCUUAAGGCCCCGGAGCCGGCCUGUGAUAAAGGCGGGGUCCGAAGCAAGUUAGGUACAGAGUCUGUGCUUUUCACCACUUCCGGCCCUGCAUCCAGCACACCCGGAUCAGUGUACAUCUGUCCUGCUCUCCCAGCAGGCUCUCUGAGGACGGCUCAGCUGGCCACCAAGUCCAAGGGCUCGGGGGCUUCCCUCCCUGGAGCUGCCACCAGAGCCAUGGAGAGUCUGAGUGAGCUACAGAACCCACUGCUCCCUCGGAACCCCGCGCACCUCCAAGGCCCCUACCCUUUCCCCGAGGCUUCUCCCGCCUGGCCAUGCAGAGAGAAGAUCUAUUCCUACCUCCUGGGGGGUGCUGGCCCCGCUCACGCCCACCAGCUCCUGGACCCAGGGUCCCUGCAGCUGGCCGUGGAGGCCUGGUACAGGCCCAAUGGCCUCCUGGGGAGGGACAAGGUCAAGGAGCCCAGAGUGGGCAGCUGUGAGACCAGCUUCACAGAGAGCAGGGAGCCCCUGGCUGGGCCUACGGAGCGGCCCACAGAACCCAGCGAAGCCGAAGAGGAUGUCACCAUCCAGACUGUGUCCUACGGGGUUCAAGAGGAGCUCCAAGGCCAGGAGGACGACCAGGAGGAGGAGGAGAGUGAUGCAACCUCGACAGAGAGUGAAAGCGAGGACAACUUCCUUACGCUGCCUCCCAGGGACCACCUGGGUCUCUCUAUCUUCUCCAUGCUCUGCUGCUUCUGGCCACUGGGCAUCGCCGCCUUCUACUUCUCCCAGGGGACCAGCAAGGCCAUCUCCAAGGGAGACUUCCGCCUGGCCAGCACCACCUCCCGCCGGGCGCUCUUCCUGGCCACACUCUCCAUCGCCGUGGGGGCCGGGAUCUAUGUGGCUGUGGUGGUGGCCCUGGCAGCUUACAUGUCCCAGACAGGCCAUGGCUAGUGGCCAGGAAGGCCUGGUGUCCUGACUCCCCUGCUCUGCCUGGGGAGGCAGUGGGGGCUCAGGGUAGUGGACUCUGGGGAAUCCUGGCCCCUGAAGACAACCCAUGAGGGUGGCUUGUCAAGAGGAGGCGUCCCAGGCUGCCACCUGCGGAGCACAACCUUCACUUCUUGCCCAUUGCAACCAGCCCACAGCAGGGCCGGGGGCGUCCCGCUGCAGCCCAGGCUGUGCUAGGAAGCAGGAAAGGGUAGGGCUCCCCGCCAGGCCAUCCAGCCCACCUCUGCCUGGGAGCUGCCUCCGUUCUGCUCCUCCCUAAAGGGUCUCCUGCCCUCCAAGCAGCCCCCUACCCAGCUCUGCUAACCUCUCCAGGAGAAAGAGCAGAUCACAGGGCGAGAAUGGGAUGCCAGGGGACAGAGGAGCUGACCCAGUCCUUUCAGCCACAAGAGUCUCCACCUGGGGACACCUUGAACUUCCCCUUCUCCACUCUCUGGCCCGUGAUGUCCAGACCUCGGCCAGACAAGACGGAAAUACAUGGAGACAGAACGACCCCUGGGUCUUUCUGGUUCUGGAGGGUGCUUACCUCUCCCGGGGAGCUUGUGAGACAGUGCGGAUUCUAGGCAGAGAAGAGGGGUCUCAGGUGUGUUAACUCUGUCCUCAGGGCAGGUUCUAGAGCUUCUCUGUGCAGGAACAAAAGGCAGAUGCAAUGACAGAGAGCCUGGAGGACCCUGAAAUGUUGUUGGACCACUCAGGGCCCCCCAUGCUGCCCCUUCCCUGCCCACAUCAUCCUUUUCUGGGCUCCUCUUGGAGGGCUCUGGGCUGGCACCAUCCCAGGUAGAUAGAGAGUGAGUGCCAUCAGGCCAGCAGCCACUGAGUGAGCACAGGAUCCUAGGUCCGGCCUUUGGGGGAAGUAGCGAGGAGACCUUGAGUAGUGAGGAGACGGGCAUAGGGCUGAGGUGGCAGCUGAGUAACCCAAGAAGGCUUCCUAGAGGAGGUGAGCAAGAUCCAGAUGGAUGAGGAGACUGUAUUUAAGGGAUAGUAAUGGAUAAUCCUUACUAUUCAUGAGCAGAGAUGUGGCAGGAGCCUCCCAAAGGGGGCUCAAAGCUGUUUGGGUUAUGCCUAGACUAUCCAGACUGGAGCCAAACUGAGGGCUCCACCAACGCAAAGAAGAAGGUUAGGCCUGGCUCUCAAAGGCCAGUCAUGUUUUCCCACCUCUGAAAGCUAGGGGGUCAGGGAUGGACCCCUGGUCAGCCUUGGAGCUUCUUCACCGGCACACCCCCCACCUCUCUCAGAGCUGCUGCCAACACCCUCAGCCGCUAGAGAACAUCCAGAAUUUUUAGAGACAUUCAGACAGGCAGGGGGAAGCACACUGGGAGGGCAGGCCUGUCAGGGUUCAAGCUCUAGGACCUCACUGUGCAUGAUUUUGGGGACUGAUCAUUCCCAGGGCUGCAUCCAGAGCUCGGGGCUAUGGAUCUACCACCUUGUCCCACCAUCCUCCUAACCCCAGGCGUUACCCAGUCCUCCGCCCACUGCAUCCCCUGCAGUCUCCCAGGCCCCGGAUCAGCAGUUUUAAUGUCCCAUUAUUGUAUAUAUUUAUCCUUGUAAUAAACAUUUCUGUAACA